ACACACUGAUUCCAAAAUAACAACAAACCGGGCGAGGUAAUAAAAAAAAACUUGGCAUUUUGCCGAGAUGUAACUUUUCAACAAAUUCAUUCAACAAAUUGCAACAACAAUAAAAGUGGAGGACGCGGAGAACAGAAUGGGAAAGAAAGACAGCGUAUGGUCUAGAAGGCUCUGUUAACGACCGCCCUGUCAGCUUUACCGGGUCUAGUUUUCGGAGGAAUUGACAGGUGACAAAUCCAAACGGCUCAUCUCACACCAGAAUGUACAUUAAGAAGCUAGCCAUCUUUCUCCUGGUCCUCUCUCUUUGUCUAGAGGGAGGAUCUGCCAAAGAAAAAGGAACAAAGAAGGGAAAGAAAAAAGGGAAGCAGGUUUACUGUCCAUCACAGCUGUCAUCUGAGGAUUUGGCCCGAGUCCCUGAAAAUUCAACCAGUAACAUCUUGAACAGGUUACUGAUCACCUAUGAUCCCAGAAUAAGGCCCAACUUCAAAGGAAUUCCUGUGGAAGACAGAGUGAACAUUUUCAUCAACAGUUUUGGCUCCAUCCAAGAAACGACCAUGGAUUACAGAGUCAACAUCUUCCUGCGGCAGCGCUGGAACGACCCCCGGCUGAAGCUACCGCAGGACUUCAAGUCGGAUUCUCUCACUGUUGAUCCAAAGAUGUUCAAAUGUCUCUGGAAACCUGACCUGUUCUUCGCUAACGAGAAGAGCGCCAACUUUCAUGACGUUACUCAGGAGAACAUUCUUCUCUUCAUUUUCCGUAACGGGGACGUCCUCAUCAGUAUGAGGUUGUCUGUCACCCUUUCCUGUCCGCUAGAUCUGACAUUGUUCCCUAUGGACACACAGAGGUGUAAGAUGCAACUUGAAAGCUUUGGCUACACCACAGACGACCUGCGGUUUAUGUGGCAGACAGGAGACCCAGUGCAAAUGGACGCCAUCGCUCUGCCACAGUUUGAUAUCAGACAAGAAGAUAUUGAUUAUGGGAACUGCACCAAAUUCUAUUCUGGAACAGGGUACUACACUUGUGUAGAGGUUAUCUUCACCCUAAGGAGACAGGUUGGCUUCUACAUGAUGGGUGUUUACGCUCCCACUCUGCUCAUCGUAGUCCUCUCAUGGCUGUCCUUCUGGAUCAACCCUGAUGCGAGUGCCGCCAGGGUGCCUUUGGGGAUCCUCUCGGUACUCUCUCUGUCCUCGGAGUGCACCUCCCUGGCAUCGGAGCUGCCCAAAGUGUCCUACGUCAAGGCCAUCGACGUCUGGCUUAUCGCUUGCCUGCUGUUUGGUUUCGCCUCGCUGGUGGAGUACGCUGUGGUUCAAGUGAUGCUCAAUAGCCCGAAGCGCAUUGAGGCCGAGAAGGCCAAGAUGGCAUCCAAGGAGAAGGCUGCAGGGAAGAGCCCCACUGCCAAGAACAACACGGUCAAUGGGACCGGAGGAACGCCGCUGCAUGUCAGCACAUUGCACGUGGCAGAGACUCGCUGUAAGAAGGUGUGUACCUCUAAAUCAGACCUGCGGACCAACGACUUCAGCAUCGUGGGCUCGCUCCCGCGGGACUUUGAGCUGUCAAACUUUGACUGCUACGGGAAGCCCAUCGAUAUCGCCAGUGCUCACGGCAAAUCCCAUGCCAAGAACAACAAGAAACCUCCUCCUCCGAAACCAGUCAUCCCCUCUGCUGCAAAAAGGGUUGACCUGUACGCCCGAGCCCUCUUCCCUUUCUCCUUUCUCUUCUUCAACGUGGUUUAUUGGUCCGUAUACUUGUGA